UCCUCUGUCGGUUUAUUACAGGGCACGUGUGGAAAAAACGAAAUGCCACGGAUGGGUGGAAGAAGUUACAGUGGGAAAGAGCCAGAGACAGAAGAGUUUCAGACAGAUCUGAAGUAUGGGAAUGUAAGGUCAAACAGAAUGUCCGGUGACGAAAAUGACGAUAAUGGGAACGUGUCUGAAUCAGAUGAUCAACUCUCUGACUUGUCUGCUGAUGAACACAGUGAUGAGGAGGGAGAUGAUGUGGCCGAUGAGAGCAGUGAUGAAGAUGCUCCACCACAGUCUGUGUCAUUCGCAAAGAGCAAGGAAAGUGCACUAGAGAAAAUCAGAGAUGCCAUGAAACAAAUUAACGAUGAGGAAAGGCACAAGAAAGAGAAAAGAAGACUUUUAAACCAAAAGAAUAUAGAAUCUAAGAGAAGAAAACUUGAUGCUCUUGCCAAGGCACGCCUCUCUGAUGAAAUUCUUGCUGAAAUACCAAGUAAGAUAGAAAAGGUACCCAGGGUGUCUGGAGAGGAAAGGCUGGGAAACCUGGACUGUUCACGAGGAGGUCAUAGCCCAAGUGGAUCAGAUGUUGAGGAAGAAGUUGAAAUCAGUGAAGACUUCAUUCCAUUAGGAUAUGACAGAUUCAGUGGAAUUGCUGUGAUGACAGAAAAACAAGCGUCUUCUAAGAAGAUGUCGUUAGCACAGUCCGCUCAGGAAUUCAGACAAAAAUCACUAUACAGCAAUAGGAUACAGCGAGAAUCAACUAAACAGAAGAUUUCCAAACAGCUAAAGAGGAAAGCUCGGUUCCUGUGACAGCCCUGGUUGAAGACAGCUGUUGGGUUGAAAGACUUUUGGAUGAUCGAUGAAUGAUAGAUGUCUGGAUGUGUAGGUCUGUGUUUGACUUGGAGCCCCGAGGACAAAUGUGGAGAUGACAGAUGUCUGGAUGUGUAGGUCUGUGUUUGACUUGGGGCCCCGAGGACAGAUGUGGAGAUGACAGAUGUCUGGAUGUAUAGGUCUGUGUUUGACUUGGGGCCCAGGGACAGAUGUGGAGAUGACAGAUGUCUGGAUGUGUAGGUCUGUGUUUGACUUGGGGCCCGGGGACAGAUGUGGAGAUGACAGAUGUCUGGGUGUGUAGGUCUGUGUUUGACUUGGGGCCCCGAGGACAAAUGUGGAGAUGACAGAUAUCUGGAUGUGUAGGUCUGUGUUUGACUUGGGGACAGAUGUGGAGAUGACAGAUGUCUGGAUGUGUAGGGCUGUGUUUGACUUGGGGCCCGGGGACAGAUGUGGAGAUGACAGAUGUCUGGAUGUGUAGGUCUGUGUUUGACUUGGGGCCUGAGGACAGAUGUGGAGGUGACAGAUGUCUGGAGAACAGAUAAGAUGGAUAGAUAUGUUGACAGCACAUGUUUGUACUGAUGGUUGGAGGGCAAAUAUCUUCCAUGACGGAAUAAACAGUUAAGAUGCAAUCUUGAGUAUAAUUAAAGACACUAUUUGCAGACUUGUUGAAAGUGGAACUUUGUAACGGGAAAAACAAUCUCAGUGUUCAAUCGGAAAACAAUCUCAGUGUGUGAAAUGAGAUUUUACAACUGCCGCUAUGACAUUGAGAUGGAAAACGAGAAAGAGAAAACAGUAGGUUGACUUAGAUAUUGGAGUAUAUGAGUUGAAGUCCGUGGAUCACACUCUUCAUCAAAGUUAUUGGUAUCAUCCUUAUUAGGAUUCGCUUCAUUGUUAUGGUGAACAGUGGUACAGUUAAGACAUCCAGUGUGAUACAGAAAUGGUACAAUCAUGACAGUGAUCUUGUAUUGACACAGAAAUAAAAUCUUAAAUCAAACUAACACUGAAUGAUAGUGUUGUGCAUCGUUUCCCACUUGU